AUGGGCGUCAGCGAGAAAUCGAACAUCCGAUCUUCGGAUCGUCAAGAUCUGCCGGGUCGAAACUCCCGCAAUGGAAAUAUGUUGGGAGACGAGUUAGGGCUUGUCGGCGCCGGUACUUUGGACGAGUCUAUCACUUCUUCGAACGUGGAACGAGGAAGAAACACUGAUUCGACUGGAAUUGAUACGUCAAUAAAUGCUACCCAAGUUGACGACGGAAAAGGAGCUGUUAUGGCACCACAUUUGGAACAACAAGAUACUGAUGAAAAGGAUGGAGCUGGGAAAAAGAAGUGGAUGACAUUUGGUGCCGUCGGAGGCCUGGUCGCUACGGCAACGGCCUUGAUGCUGCGAAGUGUUCGAAAAACUGAUGACAACGAAAUUGCUGGUCCAAACGUGUCUGGCGUCGACAAUGGAGUGAGUGGAGUGGAUAAUGCUGCAGAUGCCACACAAGAGGCAAUUAAUCAGUCGUUGUCCAAUGCACAGUCAGUUGCUCGAGAAAUGGCGCUUCAGGCUGCACAACAAGCUGCAUCAUCAGCUGCUGCGGCAACAACAGCCGCAGCGGCAGCGGCAACCGCAUCCGGUGGAAUUUUUGGUGCUGCUAUUGGAUCUAUUGCAGGCGCCUCUACUGGAGUGCAAGUUGGAGUAGUCGUUGCCAUUGCCGCAGUGACUGCGGUCUCCGUUUCGACGGGUGUGGUGGUGUCAGAAAAUAGAGCCGAGCAAUCUCAACCGAUACCAACCACGCGAGGAAACUGCAGUGAUACGUUUGAAGUGAAAGAUGGGCGUCUUGCGGUGGAGUUUGCGGAUUUGUUUGUCGAAUCAAUCCCAGAUGACAAUGUCCUUCUUCUCGAAAGGAAUUUUGUCAAGCUCUACAACGAAGCUUCCGAUACUUGCAAUGAGCUCUACGAACGAGAAAUGCUUGAAGCCAAGUUGGUUUCUUGGGAAGUAGAGGUAAAGAAUUCGCUGAACUUUACGAAGCUGUUGUGGGAGGCCCGUGUGACUUGCACUGGCUGCUUUGACAUGGAACCUUUGUUCUAUUACAACGACUUGCCAGAAAGUGCUCGGAACCUUGUUGAGGCUAUCGAAUACAAAAACUUUACAGAAAAAAUUCCUGUCUCGCUUAUAGAAUUUUCAAGUCCCUUUGGAGUAGCAACAGCAACAGUACUGGAAGCCGACGGUCCAAAACAAAUGUAUAUAAAUACACUUGAUGCGUUGACCGGAGAAGUGGUGGACGCAGUCACAGUCCGUGUGCUCCCUGAUGGGUUGCUAACACAUGUUCCUGACAGCAAGCCCAACCACUGUGCCCCUUGCUUCAUCAAGUGUUCCACCAUCUUUUGUCCCAUUGAGUGA